GCUAAGCCCCGCCCCUCAGAAGGCUGAGGCCUCGGAGUAGAGAAGAGAGAGAGGCGGCAGCGAUGGUGGAGAGCGUCGGUGGCUCCUCCGUGGAAGGGGACGGCGCUCCUUUGCCCUCCCCGCCACCGAACCAGUGCCCUGGGCAAUGGGAGCGGCUGAGGCUGGCGUCGGGGCCCUGGGCGCGGAGCCUGGGAGCGGUGGCGGCCCUGGGCCUGCUUUACUUUCUCCGCGGGCCGCUCCGGCUGCGGGACAACUUGGCGGCAGUGACUGUUUUCUUGAGCACACUGACUCCAAAAUUCUACGUUGCACUUACGGGGACUUCAUCUCUGAUAUCUGGUCUGAUAUUUAUAUUUGAAUGGUGGUACUUCAGGAAAUAUGGCACAUCUUUCAUAGAACAGGUAUCUGUGAGCCAUUUGCGACCACUUAUUGGAGGCACAGAGAAUACUAAUUCCCCACAAACAACAUUCUCUGCCACAAAUGGAGAAAAUGAGAUGAACAGACAGAGUCUGUCAGAGUGUAAAGUAUGGAGAAAUCCCCUCAAUCUCUUUAGAGGAGCAGAAUAUAGCAGGUAUACAUGGGUGACUGGAAAAGAGCCACUUACAUAUUAUGACAUGAACUUAUCUGCCCAAGAUCACCAGACUUUUUUCACAUGUGAAACAGACUCAGUUCGGCCUUCAGAUGCAGUAAUGCAGAAGGCGUGGCGGGAGAGAAACCCUCAAGCCCGAAUCAAAGCAGCAUAUCAAGCUUUGGAAUUAAAUAAUGAGUGUGCCAUGGCAUAUGUUCUGUUGGCUGAGGAGGAAGCAAUAACUAUCAUAGAUGCUGAAAAAUAUUUUAAGCAGGCUCUACGAGCAGGAGAAACAAUUUAUAGAAAGUCUCAGCAUUGCAGUUUUCAAAGUCCUCAGCAUGAAGCACAGUUUAGAAGAGAUACCAAUGUACUAGUUUAUGUGAAAAGGAGACUAGCUAUGUGUGCAAGAAAACUUGGAAGAAUUAAAGAAGCAGUGAAAAUGAUGAGAGAUUUGAUGAAAGAAUUUCCUCUCCUAAGUGUAUUGAAUAUCCAUGAAAACCUUCUAGAAGCACUUCUGGAACUACAAGCUUAUGCUGAUGUCCAGGCAGUUCUUGCAAAGUAUGAUGAUAUCAGCCUUCCAAAGUCAGCAGCAAUAUGUUAUACAGCAGCACUCUUAAAGGCCAGAGCAGUUUCUGAUAGGUUCUCACCAGAAACAGCUUCUAGAAGAGGUCUUAGCACAGCAGAAAUCAGUGCUGUAGAGGCAAUACACCGAGCAGUUGAAUUUAACCCUCAUGUUCCAAAGUACCUGCUAGAAAUGAAAAGCUUAAUCUUACCCCCAGAACACAUACUGAAACGAGGAGACAGUGAAGCAGUGGCAUACGCUUUUUUCCAUCUCCAGCACUGGAAGCGAAUAGAGGGAGCACUUAAUUUAUUGCAUUGCACAUGGGAAGGAAGUAAAGACAGAUAAAAUCUUGUGGGCUUGGGUACCAAGGCAGGAUAUAAAUGAAAUCAAAUAACAAAUACUUCGGCGGGUUACAGACCACCGCCGCCGCUUGCUCCGUGAGGGAGCCACAGCAGCCACACCGCGCGGCUCCCGCGCGGAGCAAAAAAGGAGCUCCAAAAUGGUGAGUCCACUGGGAACAAGAAAGGCAAUCAAUGAAAUAAAAUCUGCUUUUCAUCUGAGAGCCCCAUCCCUUCAAAAUUCUAAUUGCUUCUAUGUGUUGCAAAACCCUAGAUUUAAGAUAGUAUACACUCCUCACUUUUCAUUAUAGCAUCCCACUACGGUGCGGCAAAAAUUGGUAUUCUUCAAGUCCUACAAAUACCUAGGUAGCCAUGUUGACUCUAAGACAUUCUAUAGACCAUAUGGUAGUCAGUGGCAUCACUGGGGGAGGGGUGCGGAGCACUCCGGGUGACACCACAGAGGAGAUGCCACCUCCUCCUGCUGCAAGGUAUGUGUGGACCUUAUCACUUCUCUGAAGGGAGCCAAGGCUGCUGAGAAUGAGGGAGGAGUGCACACCCUCUCUCCUUCCCCACUACUCUGCCACUCAGAACCCAAAGUGGGGGGAUGGAGGGCCAAGCAUGCAUGUGUAUGUACCCUUCCCACCUAGUCCUGGUGCUUUGGCUGGGUUGCCUCAGCCAGCCAAAGCACCAAGGAAAGAGGAGUGCACAGUGCCAGGGCUGGCGGUGCAGAAUACUUCAGAUUUCUACGGGUGCACCCAUUCAUUGCCCAGUCGCAGUGCCCUUGCCAUCCAGUGCCAGUCUGCCUUUCUGCUGGCCUAGUCCAGUCAAAAAGCCGUUUGUCUGCGCCCCUCUGUUAGCUGGCACUUGAAGAAUGCCAAACGAGCAGCCUUGUUUGGAAGGAGUUGCGGGGAGGGGUCACGUGGAAUUGGGAGAUGGAACGCCAUUACUCCCCCCCCCCCAGUCAGGGCAGACUUGCCCCAAGGGCCCCUCUAGCCAAGUACUAGCGGCUCCUCCCCAAAUAGAUGGUCCCAGAGGCAGGCCCACUGGAUUCUUUGUGGGGACGUUUCUUAUGCUGCUGAGAUGCCCUGCCCAAGGGAAACAGGUUGUGAGGGUUCACCACAUUGCGCAGCGGGGUUGCCUGAAGGGCCCAAUGGGAGAUGCUGCUGUGGACCAGCAGAGCCUGAGCUCUAGGGAGUUCUGCUUGCCAGCCUGCUUGUCACUUGCCAUCUCCCCCUGUCCCCACAACCUUGGGUGGAUGGCUGGGUAGCGACCCCCCAACACCGCCAGGCUCCCACACUGAGUGACACCAACAUUAGGGAUGCCACCGAUGGUAGUGAUAGUCCACCAACACAAUGAACAUCAGUGAAGUGAAUUUCACAUGUGCUUCAUGUCUAAAUCUCUUAUUUCUUC